AUUUUCCCCCCCUGCCCUUAGAUUCAUAGAGUUCCCAGAAAUAACAACCAUGGAAAAAGCUUUAGUUCAGUCAACCAAUUUUCUUCCUCUGGCUACAACGUUGAACGGUUCCCAAUCAAAACGGAUUUAUGAUGGUAGAAUCAGAAGAUCAACCAUCACAAUGGUUCGCAUUUCGCCGGCGGCGGCACCUUUGAAGUUGAAUUUGAAAAGUUUUCCCGGACGGAGUCCGGCAAUUGGAUUGCGUGGUUUAGUUCUCCGAUGCGGCGGCAGUGCCGAUGGCGAAGUGUUAAAUGAAAAUAAGCAAGCAGCAGAAGGUAAGGAGACGGAUUGUGUCAAUUUACUUGAAGAGUUUGGAACGGAUUUUACAGAGCUCGCAAAGCAGGGGAAAUUGGGCCCUGUAAUUGGAAGACAGGAACUAAUUGCGCGCGUUAUUAGAACAUUGUGUAGAGAGUCGAAAAACAACCCUCUCCUCAUUGGAGAGAACGGAGUCGGGAAAACAGCAAUUGUUGAGGGUAUUGCUCAACGGAUUGCAGAUGGAGAUGUUCCCGAGAGAAUUCAGGGGAAGAAGAUAAUAAAGCUAGACGUGCUACUCCUGGUUGCUAGAGAAGAAACCCGCGAAGAGAGGCUGAAGAAAUUGAUUGAGGAGGUAAAACAAAGUAAUGAUAUCAUACUUUUCAUCCAAGGAGCGGAAUCAAUUCUUGGAAAUAAUUAUAACAUUGUGGGAGAUACUGAUGCCGCAAGCAUUUUAAAACCUGCCCUAUCUCACGGUGAGCUACAGUGUAUUGGAGCUGUUACUUUGGAGGGCUACCGAAUUUACCUUGAGGACGAUCUAGAACUAAAUAGUCUUUUCCAGACAGUUAAGGUACCUGAACCUUCUGUGGAUGAAACUGUAGAGAUUUUGAUGGGGCUUCGCCGGCGAUAUGAGACUCAUCACAGUGUACGGUACACAUAUGAGUCUUUGGUCGCAGCUGCCAAGUUCUCACACAAAUGUUUCAGUGACCGGUACUUACCUGAUAAAGCAAUCAACUUGAUGGACGAUGCUGGUGCUCGUGUUAGAUUUCAUCUUACCCGACGUCUUGCUCAGGUCCUUAUUCUCAGUUCUUACCAUGUUUAUUUCGUUUUAAUGGAGUUGCUUUUCUUCAUUACUUAGGUAACCUCCUCCUGUAUCCUUUCAGGUUCAAGAGGAGCUUAAAGUGUUGGAGAUUGAGCUUGGAAGUAUUACGGCAGAAAAGAUUAAAUGUGUCCAAAAUCAAGACUUCGAAAAGGCCGUGGAGUUGCGUGAUAGAGAAAUGGAUCUAAAGGCUCAAAUCUCAGAACUUAACAGGAAAGGGAUAUGUGUGACUGAAGUGGAUGUUCGAGAUACUCUGUUGUUGGACUAAAAUUCAUGUUGAGAAGGUUUCCAAAUUUCGAGACAAUGCUGAAUUCAGAUCAGAUUGUUAAAGCUGGAAGAAGACGCUCUAUCCUUCAGUCUUUUCUCGUUCGAUUUUCGUCAUUAAAACUAUAGAUGUCUUGAUUCAAUUGGACAAACUAAAAAUACAAAAUCUAUUUUCUCGCCG